AUGGUUCAAAAGCGCUAUUCCUACAUAACUCGAGGUAUUGUAAUUCACAUGUAACGUAAAAAAUCGGGAUUCUUUCUAGUCUUUUCUUUGAGGGCCUUAAUGCGUAAAAUGGUAACUGGGAUAUGAUCAUUUCCUUGAGACUAGAUUCAAUACUAUCUUGCGUUAGUUAUUCCACGCAUGUAAAUAACUUCACCUCAAAUUUUGAUUCAUUACAGGGCGGGACGGCCGCGAUGGAAAGGAUGGUCCCACAGGUCCGCCAGGAUUACCAGGCAACCCCGGAUUGCCUGGUGUUGGGUCUCCUGGGAAAGCUGGGCCUCCUGGUAAAGACGGUCCACCUGGAAAAUCUGGGGCAAAAGGUACUCAACUUUGAUAAUUUUUUCUUCUUUAACAGCGAAAAACUGAGCACAAACUGAUUUGGUACUUUUUCUGGAAGAAUCCUUCAACCGUGUAUUUCUGACCUCUCACAGGAGAUGCAGGUAAGUCGGGCGUUAACAGGACGUUUUCAGGCCCUCCUUGUCCCAAAGGAGAGAGUGGUAAAUAAUUUAACUUUGGAUUUCCUUUCAUUACAGGACGAGACGGCCGCGAUGGAUUACCUGGAAAACCAGGAAUACCAGGAAACCCCGGAGUACCUGGUGUUGGGUCUCCUGGGAAAGCUGGGCCUCCUGGUAAGGACGGUCCACCUGGCAAAUCUGGGGCAAAAGGUAUUCUACUCUAAUUAACAGAGAGAAAAUGAGCAAAAAAGAAAUGUUAUCUUCAUAGUGUCUAUCGAGAUGGAGCUAUUAGCUUUACUUGACAUUUUCCAAAAAUCUUUCAACCUUGUAUUUCUGACUACUUACAGGAGAUGCUGGUAAGCCGGGCGUUAACAGACCUUUUCCAGGCCCUCCCGGUCCCAAAGGAGAGAGAGGUUCUGCUGGAAGUCCUGGCUUGAAAGGGCCUCAAGGAACCAAAGGCGAAAAGGGAAAGGAAGGAGCUGGGAAGUCUGGAGUGAAAUAUGUUCGUUGGGGAAGGACCACUUGUCCAGCAGGUGCUGAUGUAGUUUACAAAGGUACUUCCGCACAGCCACUUUAUGUAAACCAACACUGUAUUAUCUACCGCACAGAGUUUUUACGAACUGGUCUAAAAAACCAGUGCUAAGUUAUUUCCUUUUUUCCCUCUUAAAGUUAGUGACAGGGAACAUUCACUGUGACGCUUUAAGUUUGCAGAAACAGCAUUCACUCCAAAUGCCCGAUAAUUACAUCUUUUGAACAUUUAUUUAUUUAUUGUUCGCAAACUGAAGAGAAGUUUCAAUAAUAAUUAAGUUUUAUCUCAUAGAGGUUUAUUACUGUGACAGCUCGAGUGCACUCAAUGCAGUGAAUAAUUUGUUUUGGGCAACUUGGACCCACAUGUGUAAUAAAUGCAGUUUGUUGUAACAAUACUUUGUUCUUUUGUGCUGACGGUCACCAAGACUAAGCCGGGAAAAUUUGUGGUGAGGUCAUUUGAGAGUGGAGUGGUGUUCCCCUAUAAGCCUGUUAAAGUAUGUAGUUUAUCAUCCUCAGGUUUGAUGGGAGGUGAAGCUCACCAUCACCAAGGUGGUGGAGUGAACUACCUUUGUCUUCCACACAAUCCAAAGUACGACAGGUACAGCGACGGUAAUCAAGACACAGGAUAUGUGUUCGGUACUGAAUAUGAGGUUAAUUCCUACAACGGGUAUCCUUUCAGACGAAAUCUCCAUGAUCACGAGGCGCCUUGUGUUGUCUGCUUUGUCAAGUCACGUGGUGCAAUGCUGAUGAUGCCAGCGCAGAACGAUUGUCCUUCUGGGUGGACCGAGGAGUAUCAUGGGUACCUGAUGACCUCAUAUUUCAAUCACCCGAACCAAAAAGACUUCGUCUGUGUUGACAAAGACCCAGAGUAUGUUCCGGGGACUAAUGCGAACAAGAAUGGUGCCUUGCUAUACUUCGUGGAAGGGCACUGUGGCUCACUUCCGUGCCUUCCAUAUGUUCAUCAUCGAGAGCUGACAUGUGCUGUUUGCACCAAGUAA